AUGGUUGGGAGCGAUGGACUCGGCGGUAAGGAGAGCGAGGGCAGCGUCGCAGAUACUUUGUCGUUGCCGUCCACCGACGACGAACCAGGACAUACGGAAGAAGUCGAUGAGGUUGACUUUAUGGACCCGACGACAGACCGCACUCCCCGAAUUAGACGUACCGAGUCCUAUCCCGACCGCGUCGCGAUGGAGACCUCUCGUGUCGGCAUGGUGAACAAAAUUUCCCCGACGCGGGAGCUCAUAGUCUCAUCUUGGCGUGAGUUUAGUAGUACUUUGGAGAAGUAUUGCUCCGAUUAUUACCUGCUAUUUAGAGCACGAGAUACUCGCACCGUGAAAAACACAACACGUGGAUUGAGUGAUCUACAGAUUCCUACCAAGAUGAAGUACAGUUACAAGAAGUCCCGAAGCAAAGGGCAACGCAAUACUCCAAGUCGAUACACAGGAUGCAAGGCGCGUUUUACGGUUACAGCGAGAAAUUUGGCUGAUGAAGAAGGACGAGAUGAAUGGAAAAUUGUUCUGCGAAAUUGGUCCUGGACGCACAAUCACCGCACGAAUGCAACAAAUUGCACCAGCUACUUCGGGGCUGGAUCCAUUCCCGAAAAAAGUCUGGUGUUUGAUCAGGUUGGAGUUCUCGCCGAUACCAACACAGAAUCAAACCAGAUUCAGCAGUUCCUAUCAGGGGCAUUGGAUUGCCACGUGACGCCACAACAAGCACGCAACAUUUUUCGCAAGGUGCUCAAGAGUACGCCAGCGGAUAAACAGCUUUCAAGAAUGCUGGAUACUCUCGCCACGUUUGCUGAUCACCGCGUACUGGUCAUUCGAGACCAGAAUGAUGUUACCAGCGGUGUUGUGAUCCAGACUGUAAUUCAACGACUAGUCUUCGAGCGUUGGGGAGAGUCGCUUUGUAUGGACUGA